GUACAAAAUUUAAAAAAAAAAUGAUUUUCCAUUGUGCUAAAGUUGGAAGUGUCAUAAAAUUUUAUCAUUUAAGUGUCAUAUUAUUAAUAUCGUUCAAUUAUUGGCCAUCUUCCUAUGGUAAACGUAUUCAUAAAUCUUAUCUAAAUACCGAGGAUGUAGUCAUAAACGGUGGUCGUAUUGUUGGUGGUGAAGUGGCCGAAGUGGGUUUUGCACCCUAUCAAGUGUCAAUACAAUCAAUAUUUGGUUCACAUUUAUGUGGUGGUGUCAUUAUAGAUGAACAAUGGAUUUUGACAGCUGCCCAUUGUGUGGAAGAUUAUCCUUUAGAUGUCUUACGUGUGAUAGCCGGUACCAAUAAUUGGCAUAAACCGGGUGUUGUGCGACAAAUGGUAUUAGCCAUACCCCAUUGUAGGCAUGACAAACCGAUAUUUUAUCAUAAUGAUAUAGCAGCUGCAAGAUUGAAUGAACCUCUACACUUUGACAAUUUAACUAAUAAAAUCGAAUUGUCUCGAGACGUUUUAAAAGCUGGAGACAUACUAACCUUAACCGGCUGGGGUGCUACACGUUUAAAUGGUGAACCUCCUGAGAUGUUACAGAAAAUUUCAUUAAAUUAUGUGCCUCUUACGGAAUGUAAACGUUUGUGGAACGAUGAUGAAGGUGUAGAUGUUGGACAUAUUUGUUCUCUUACACAAGAGGGAGAAGGAGCUUGUAAUGGCGAUUCGGGAGGACCUUUAGUACAUAAGGGAAAACUAGUGGGUCUAGUAAACUGGGGAGCUCCCUGCGCACGUGGAAAGCCAGAUAUGUAUGCUAGCACAGUGUACUAUUAUGAUUUUAUACAACGGGCUUUAAAUCUCUGUCAUAUACAUAGAGACUGAAUUUUAGGGAUA